AUGGUUUUGUGUUUCCCUGAGUCUCUACAGUACAACAUGAACAUGACCCCAACAGACACAUACCAAGGUCCUGGAACAGUGACUUCUGCUCCUAAACCCAUCCUGUUCUGUUACCCCAGAAUCCUCCAACAGCAGAAUGAGGACCUCCGGCGCCGGCUCUCUCUCUCCACACACAAGAUGGAAGCCAUGGAGGCGGAGUUUGACACCAGCCGUCACUACAUGGAGGCAGAGCUCACCCGGACCCGGGAUGACCUGGACAAGAUGAGAGACAAGUCCGCAGACUCAGAACAGCUACACCGGCAUCCUCAGAGAGCCAAUCAGGACCUGGAGGAGAAGCUCCAUACGCUCUGUAAACUACGUAAGGUGGAGAGGGACAAAAAAACAAUGGACCAGGAAAUCGUGGAGCUCACCAACAAACUGCUGGAUGCUAAAAACACCAUCGACCGUCUGGAGGAGCUCAACGAGCGUUACAGACAGGACUGUAACUUGGCUGUACAGCUGCUCAAAUGCAACAAGUCACAUUUCAGGAACCACAAGUUUGCUGACCUUCCCUCGGAGCUUCAAGACAUGCUGAACAAACACAUGAAGAGCAGCCUCCCGGAGCGAGGCCCCGCUCCUGGCUCUCAGGACCCAGACACGCUAAGUUUGACACCCGCUGACGUCGUGCCGACCUCCGUCAUCGCCCGCGUGCUGGAGAAACCGGAGCCACUGGUUCUAAACUCGGCCCAGUCCAGCAGCUGUGGCCGGCCGGUUGCAGAGGAUGUCUUUGUGCACGUGGACAUGACGGGCCCCACCGGCGCUGAGGCCCGGGAGAAUGGUAGCGGUCAGGAGGCGUCACAGCAGAAUGGCUCCUGUCGUAGUCAGAGCAGCCUGGAUGAGGAGGCAGGCGGAGCUCCGUCCUUUGAGAAGCUGAACCCCUACCCGGCGCCGCUGCCGCCCCACCCACUGUACCCUGGGCGCAAAGUUAUCGAGUUCUCAUCUGAUGACAAAGUCAAGAUCCCUAAAAACUCCCCCCUGCCCAACUGCACCUAUGCCACCAGGCAGGCCAUCUCUCUGAGCCUUGUUCAGAACGAUGACGAGAGACUGGCCCCUGGAAGCCCCGCCCCUUCCUCCUCCUCUGGUGGGGGGAGCGGUGCCAACCAGAGAACGCCCCCAUCACAGCGGGACGUCAUCAGUGAGCCGCUGUCCAGCCAGUCCAGCCCAUUCAGCAGCCCACCACAGGCACCCAGCGUCCUGACGAGCUCUGGCAGCUCAGAAGAGGACCUGCUGGCCAACUGGCAGCGGAUGUUUGUGGAGAAGAUGGCGCCAUCUUGUGACGGCUCUGUGGUUCAUCGGACCUCCUUCAGCAGCCAGACGGCCCAAGAGCUACAGAGGAGGAGACAGGCGGUGGGGGGCGGGGCCUCCUCUUCUUCAGACCACCACAGGGCAGCAUAUUCGGACGGUGAAGAAGGCUCAUCAGCACGGAGCUGGACGCCGAGCCGCGGCUCCAGUUUGGAUACCGACACGGACACAGAGCCACGGUCCAGCAGAAGAGGACAGUAUGGCGGCGGGGACGGCUCUGUGGAGGAGGGAGAGAGGCUGCUGAUGAACCUGGAGGACGACUGUGGCAGCGCUGACACGGCGGUUACCGUGGCAACCAGCCCCAUGGAGGCCAGCAGGAAGGAGGACGACGAGGAUGAGGAGAGCUCGGCUGAAGAGCGAGACAUUCUUCCUCAUGACCUGCCCGUCAUCUCACCACGCCUCCUGGACUUUGACCCCACCCUCAACGCUACCGCAUCGCAGCGGCCUCAGAAGAGCCCGAAGAGGAUGGGUGUGCAUCACCUGCACCGCAAAGACAGCCUGACCCGAGCCCAAGAGCAAGGCACGCUGCUGGACUGACAGCCUGCUGUCACCACGGGAACUGGCCUGUCCGUCAUCCAGGAAACAGGCCACACCCAUCCAGGAUAUAGCCAUACUUUACCGUAUGCUGCCGAGUUAACCGCCUGACCUGUGUGUGUGUGUGUGUGUGUGUGUGUGUGUGUUUGUGUGUGUAUGUAUGCAUGGGUAUGGGGACCGAUCAGUUCUGACAAUCAAUCACAGUAAAUCAGUCAGUUGUUACAGUUACUAUUGAACCACAGAAGAAGAAGCAGGGAGGUGACUUAGUUUAAAAAACACUGGCCACAAAGUAAAUUUACAUGUAUAAAACUUGAGUGUAGUUGGGUAAACAGAAGAGGAACCGACAGAUGAUCAUUUGUACCUGUGACAGGUGUAAAAAUGUUCUGAUCUCACUGGUGGUGAAGCCCUUAGUUUUUGCCAUCAAGUGGUCAAGUUGGAAAUGGCAACCAGGUGCCACUUCAGAUGAUUGACAGCAAGGCUGCUAGCUGGGUUUAAAGUAGCUACAGCAUGAAAAUAUGGAUAAAUUAAUUCUGUAACCAGUCUUGUUUGUAAAGGAAGAUACAGAGGACACAGAUCAGGCCAAGCGAGCUAGCCACACAAGUCACUGUGGUUUGACACAAGGAUCCAGUCUACCACCACCAUCAGUAGACCAGAACUGAUCCCCCUGCUACCACAUCAACUCCACAUACUGCACCCAAACCAAUCAACUUUCCUUCUGUGGGCCAUUCUGAACUUAACGUAGUCACCCAGAUUGUUAAUGUCAAGAUGUUUUAUUUCUCGUCUCUCUAAUGUGACCACAGUCAUCACAGCAAUGGAUGCGAGUGUGCGUUACAGAGACGAACACAAUCUUACUAAAUGACCCCCCUGAUAAAUUCUUGGUCACCCCCAUGUAUAAAAGUCUAAUUCCACUACUGAUACAGAUGCACUGUACAAAACGUAUGUCCCUCUUCCAGCUUCACAGGACUCAACUCUGCAAUCUGUUUUGACACGAACUAGUAAAUUAACUGAUGGACAAUCAGAACCAGGAUCAAUGUCAGAAACCCAGUAUCGGUCCGGUGUGUGUGUGUGUUGUCAGAGUUUUAGAAACAGAAAGUAAAGACUUUUGAUACGUUUUGAAGGUAACAGAUGAGACGCCUGGAAUAAAAUACACGCACACACUCAGACUCUCAGUGCCUCUCACAUCCUGUCUGAGGUUGUGAGUACGACGCCGGGCCUGCAGAAGGUCAGUCUUGUCUAUUGAUGUCCCUGCUAAUCAUUUCCUGUCAUGUGACAUUAUUUAGUCAGCUGAUUGGUCACUUGUGGAAUCACCUGAGUGUGACCUUUGACUCGGACUCACCCCUCCCCCACUGGUGACUGUACUUCAGGGGCGGGGCUGGGGGUGGAGCUUCUCCACACCUCACACCUGGAAUGUAACCAUCAACCUUUGUUGUUGUUUAGUUGUAUUUUCACCUUUUUGUUAAAUCCCGAGUUUUGAUCUGGAGAGUUUAGCUGGAUUUUGAUUUGUUGUUUGUGUUUUUUUGUUUGCUGUACGGAAGCCUGUUGGUGCCAGAAACAGAACCAUUAUUGAUCCAUUGUAAUAAAUUGGAGGGGUGGAUCCACUGAGUCUGCCCUCCUGCAGCGCCCCCUGGUGGAGUGGAGGAACUGCAGCUUUGUUUUUGGCACUUCAGAGCUCCCGUACCACGCCGCUCACUCCGUUCUUCUUUGAUGUCGCAGAUCGAAUGUUGACUUGCUGCCUCCUCACAGCUCCGAUUGUGGCUCACCGAUCACCCAUGAUUGAUCCUCUAUUGAUCGAUCUGACACUUGCUCUGGUUCUGCUCCUGAGACUUUGUCACUUUGUGCUUCUCAGUCGUGUUUUCACAGAAAUUCGUGGAGUCCGGAUCAGUGGCCAAGUAUUGAUCAUUGGGCCAAGUCCUGUUCAGCCGUGAACUCCAUGAUCUAGCUGAAAGUAUUGAUUAAUCAUCACUGAAUGUUUAGAUUAAAGCUGCAAUGAAUGAUUUCAUUAUUGAUUGUUUUGUUUUUGGACUAAUUGAGCAUUGAUCCCUUGUUCAGUCAUCUCAGUUUUGUCCAGAAACCAAUGUUUCAUUUUGGUCAACUCAAAAACUAAUGAAAGUAUUUCACAUUCGUUUUAUAUGGAAUUAUUGACUAAUUAAUUAACAAGAUGGUUGGAGCUCAUCCAUCAAAAACUUUAAUCAGCUGAGUCAUUUAAUUUUUUUAAAGCUGAGACAAGAUUAUAUGAUUUAUACUCUUGUCUUCUUAACUUCAGAUUACUGAAGCUUCAUCCAGAACAGACCCAGUCCACCCUGCAGGUUCUGUCAGUCAGAGCUGGAAAUGGAUUUUGAAACAGCUGCUUGUGAAUCCGUCUGAGCUUUUUCAGCUUUUGUGAACAGAGGACAGCUAACAGUGCAUGGUGGGGCACAGGAAACAAGCUUUUCACGGUAAAAUAAACCAGCUGGAAUGUUUCAUCAGAUCAGUCUUCUUCAGUCGGGCUUAACGGUCUGUUCAGGUGCACUUUUACUGCAGGUAAAACCACAGAAUGACCGUUUUAACUGCUUAAACGUCUCAAUUUCUCAACAGCUUAGCCCCACACAGACUCUGACACUUAAACGCACCACUCCUCCCCCACCUUCCUCCUCCUCCUCAUCAGAUGUUAAAUUAUUCACCUUUUUCCGUCUCACUGAUACUGUAGCGUCUGUGAGAGUUUGUUUGAUUUUGUUUGUGUUUUUGGAGACCAGUAUUUGUCUACCAUAUAAGGACAUGUAUGGACAUUGUGUCCAGUCCUUACUGAGCUGGCUGUUAGAACCAGAUCCUGGUUCAGACUCUGAAAGACUCCUCACAAAAAGACAAAGACCAGAACAUUUAAUAUUUCAUUUGAGUCAUCAGAUGUUCGGAAAGUGUGUGUGUGUGAGAGAGAGAGAGAGAGGAAGAGAGACAGAGAGAGACACACACAAAGAGACGUGCAGCUGGUAUAAAUAGACUUUACAUCCGGACUCGUGCAUCUUUAAUGGUUCUUCUUGAGUUUAAUCUGAGACGCCAAGGUCACCUCCCCCUCCCUCUAUUCUUCAUGCCGUUUCCUUUUCUCUUCUAUAUCAUUUGUAUUCUGCCUCCUCAUCAUCCUCCUCUUCAUCUGAGCUAACACACUGAUUGUCAUUAACGGGUUCAGUUCAGAUGUUCAGCUAUUAAAACUUAUAAAUAUAAACAGGACAUAGAAGAACAUGAGGUCCAGCGUUUGUGUCCCAACAUGCAUCGCUGCUGUUUCCGGUCUGAUCCGGUCUCAAUCUGCAGGUGGCGCUGUGACAAGCUGGUGAAGCUUCAGAAAAGGUCCCCCACCUCCAUCUUAAAGCUUCUUGUAUGUGUAUUAAUGCUGUUAUGUGAUCACUGUCGUCAUGGAAACCUACAGUCAUUACAGUGUUCAGGUUUCUGUCUGACGACGUGAAGUGUUGAUGGACGCUCCAUGCACACCUGAAGACUAGACCUCACCGGGGAAAUGUUUUUCAUCCAGCUGGAUGUUUCCAUGUGACAUCCAGGUGAUUGUAGCCCCACCCCCUCCUUCACACUUCACCCGCAGGUGCUGUCUCUGAGACCUCUCACCUGGGCCCAGGUGUUUCAGGACUGAACUUUCCUCGUGGCGGCGGGUAUUUUUCUUUCACUUCCUGUUGGGGAGAAAUCUCUGACUGUUAGAACUCUGAUGACUUUAUUUUCUCAGUUUGUAAACAAUGUAUAUUUUAAAACAAAUAAAAUAUUUUAACUGUA